AUGGCAUCUGCCAGAUCAGAGCAGGAGGAGCCCAGCCCCAAGCUGGGCCCAUUGCGGGCCAAGGGAGCCUCUGCCUGGCGUCCAGGUUCUGCAGGGGGUGCGGAGACUGCCCCGGAGCAAGGGCUGGGAGCGGAGCCGGAGCCGGGAGCGGGAGCCGCAGCGAGAGCCGGAGCCGGGAGCGGGAGCCGCAGCGAGAGCCGGAGCCGGGAGCGGGAGCCGCAGCGAGAGCCGGAGCCGGGAGCGGGAGCCGCAGCGAGAGCCGGAGCCGGGAGCGGGAGCCGCAGCGAGAGCCGGAGCCGGGAGCGGGAGCCGCAGCGAGAGCCGGAGCCGGGAGCGGGAGCCGCAGCGAGAGCCGGAGCCGGGAGCGGGAGCCGCAGCGAGAGCCGGAGCCGGGAGCGGACCAGGAGCAGCAGCUGGGCUGGCUGGAGGAGCACAAAUGCUGCUGAGCGCAGGCAGCGCUGGCAGGACCCUGGCGGACACCCGCCCAGGCUGUGCCGUGCCCCGGCAGGAGCUUUGCAGCAGCUGCUCUCCGCUGCGGGUUCAUUGUCCUGCUGCAAGGAGGCUCUGGUGGAGCUCAGAGCUGCCUUGCAGCGCCUGAAGGGGCUCUCCAGGAAGGAGUCCCUGAGCCUUCUCUCGGGUCCCCUUCAGCUGUUGAAACGAAGCUCUAAGGUGUCCUGGAGCCUUCUCCUCUCCAGGCUGAGCAGCCACAGCUCUCUCGGGCUGCCUUCACAGCAGAGCUUCUCCCACCCUCUGCUCAUGUCUGUGGCCUGCUCUGGAACCCCUCCAGCAGGUCCCUGUCUCCCUUGUGCUGGGGUGCCCCAGAGCUGGCCCCAGCAGUCCAGGCUGAGGUGUGCCCAAAGCAGAGGGGCAGAUGGUUCACAAGCACAGACACCACAGGCUGCCCAGGGCCCUUCCCACACUGCAGCUGCAGGCUUCAGUCAGAUCCUUUUAGGAUCAGACCUGGGAGACUUGAGGGCUAAGGCACCAGCAGCUCUGUCCUGCAUGCCAGGGAAACAAGCACCAAACCAAGUGAGACUUCUCUUAAUUGCAGUGGAAUUGCCCAAGCCAAGCACUAAGCCACUGAGCAUGCAAGUGAGCUGGGUGGCUUCAGGAGCCUGAGUAGCUUCAUGAGGCUGCUCAAACACAGUGACCAGUUGGAAGCUGCUCCCCUGUGGAAGCAUUUUCACUCCCAAUGUUCUCCAAGCACCUCAUGUGUUUUGCCCAGACCCCUUCCUCUUUGCCCCCAAAGGUAUUCAUGAGGUGAAAGUGAGAUCUUUGCCUUCCAGUAAGAACCAAAGAGAAAUGCUUUGCUCUAAAAGAUCUUGAAACUUUCCUCUUGGUUUGUUGGCAUCAGCUGAGCUGGGCUGAAUGCCACAUUCCUGGCCAGGUGAGCUGAGUUAAAGGCAGCUGUGGAUGGGCACAGACAAGUGCCAAGCAGAGGCCUGCUCACAAACUGUGCCCCAGCUGCAAGCAUGAAGUGAUGUCUCCAUCUGUCUGUCCCCUCCUUGCCUGCUGGCCAUGACCCUCACUGCAGUCCCUCUGCCUGCACUGCCUGACAGGGUCAGCAGUGCCAGAGCAGAGCAGCAGCCCCAGGCUGUCAGUGCACACCAAUGGCUUGGGCUGCAGCUCUGCUGAGCCCUAGGUUCAACCCUCCCUUCCUGGCCUUUUCCACCUGUGAAA